AUGAUUCUCCCACGGCGCGCAGUCCUCUCUCUCGGCCUCUCCUUUUUCAUUGUCCUCUUCUUGACUGCCCGACAUCUUUCGCAGCCAUGGAAUAAGCUUCCACAGUCUCUGGGCCUUGGUGAGUUCGUCUACCCUGUUGGCAAAAACGGAACCGGCAAGGCCUUCAAUGCCACCGUGGGCCUGGGGAACAAAAUCUUAUACGCCCCCCAACCGAAUUUCAUCCCCGGCGUCGCCAAACCGCCGGGGGUCGAAUACACGAAGAGACUCGUUGUUCCGCGCACGAUAACAGAGGAUGUGAGCUGGAUUGAACAAGAGCUGCCUGACUGGGACACUGCCGUCUAUGUUGCCAACGACCCCCACGCGCCACUCCACCCCCCAUCGAAUAAAGGCCACGAGGUCAUGGUCUACCUGAGCUACGUGAUCGACUACUACGACGACCUGACAGACAUCUCCGUUUUCAUACACUCCCACCAGAACGCAUGGCACAACGAUGAAAUUUUCGACGGCGAUACAGCUGAGAUGCUCCGCCGCCUGAACUUGGCUCGAGUCGCUCGGGAGGGAUACAUGAAUUUGCGCUGCGGCUUGGCUCCAGGCUGUCCAGCAUGGAUGCACCCUGGAGCCACGGUAGUAGAUGAACAAAAACAAGAAGAGGUGAUGCUGGCCCGCGCAUGGGGGGAGCUCUUCCCCGAUGAUCAGGUCCCAUCAGUACUCGCACAGCCGUGCUGUGCGCAGUUUGCCCUGUCGCGUGAUCGGAUUCGGACAGUGCCUCGCGCCCGCUUCAUCUACUACCGCGACUGGCUUUUGCAGACCGAUCUGAGCGACUACAUUGCAGGUCGUAUUUGGGAAUAUCUUUGGCAAUACGUUUUCACUGGUGAACCAGUCGUCUGUGUAGCGGAGAAUAUCUGUCUAUGUGAUGGUUAUGGUAUCUGCUUUGGCGGACCAGAAGAAUUCCAAGCUUAUCGAGAUGCAGCCGAUGAGGCGAAAUAUCUUGGGCAAGACUUUUCGGACUGGUCCUUCCUGGCGGAUGAGAUUGAGGAUGUGGAGGAGAAAGGGGAAUUGGACGAAACAAGGGAAUUGGAUAUCCCGCCGCUUGGUACCGGCGGUAGAAUGAAGGACGACGUCAGUACGUUAGAGCAAAGAGUUGCUGACAUGCUUGGCGAUGCCCUUCGACGUGGUGAAGACCCUAAGCAUCGUGCUUUUGAAGCUGGCCGUCCCUGGAAGGAAGGCGAUGGCUUCUAG